UCUUGGGUUUUGAGAGAGAGAGAGAGAGAGAGAGCAUAAAGCUGAAGUCCUAAACGGAACUCAAAAUUCUAUUCGGUUCUCUCUCAUUUAUAAAUACCAAAGACUAAAUUCACAAUCCAAAGGUUUUAUUAUAUACAACAGCCUCUCUACCUCUUAUUGUCUUUCCCUCCCUUCUCUUGCGCUGUCCGUGUUUUUGUUUUUGUGUGUGUGUAAGCAGUAAGCUAAUCAAUGGCUGUGUCUCAAGCCAGUCUCCUCCUUCAAAAGCAGCUCAAAGAUCUCUGUAAGAACCCUGUUGAUGGAUUCUCAGCUGGUUUGGUCGACGAGACCAAUGUGUUUGAAUGGAGUGUUUCAAUUUUGGGACCCCCUGAUACCUUAUAUGAGGGGGGAUUCUUCAAUGCAAUCAUGAGCUUCCCACAGAACUAUCCGCUUAGUCCUCCAACUGUGAAGUUCACUUCAGAGGUGUGGCAUCCAAAUGUUUACCCAGACGGAAAGGUUUGCAUAUCAAUUCUUCAUCCACCUGGUGAUGAUCCAAAUGGCUAUGAGCUUGCAAACGAGCGGUGGACUCCAGUCCACACAGUUGAAAGCAUUGUUUUGAGCAUCAUAUCGAUGCUCUCUAGUCCGAACGAUGAGUCUCCUGCAAAUGUUGAUGCUGCUAAACAAUGGAGAGAAAGCAAGGAGGAGUUUCGGAAGAAAGUGAGUCGAUGCGUGAGGAAAUCACAAGAAAUGCUAUGAUAUGAUCCAAUAGACUGCUGCAUUGCUUGCUGCUGAACAUCUUUAAAAAUGAAAUCUUCAAUCAUGGAAGGGGGAGACGAGGCCAUAAGAUCUUAUACUGAACCGUGUAACAUUCUAUUUAAGUUUUUGUUAUCAAUCAAUCCAUUAUAUUCCUUUUUGGGCAUCUCUGAGAGAAUUGUUGUUAGUAUGGACUAGAAUAAACCUGAGUUGGUUAAUUCAAAUCUUAGAGGUUUUAUUUUCUUGAAAUGACUUUUACAAUAAUAGUAUUCUUUAAUUUAAUUUUUCCAA